AUUACGGACGGAUUUUUGCAUCUCAUUUACGUGUCUUGGUUCAAAUCCCCUUCAUCUUGCUAUUCUAGCCCAGCCGUGGUUGUUAGGGGAGAGAGAGAGAGAGAUGAAGGUUAAUAGCACGUAUUAUUUUUUAUUUAUUCUUUAUUCUUUUUUUUUUCUUGUUCGCCGAGGGUCUGUGUACACAAUGCCGCUAGGUACUCGUGAGAUGAAAUUAAAUAGGGGACUCGGAGCGGGUUUAACAUUCGUUUUUUUAAACUUCACGUCACAUCGUAUUACCUACACUAUAUCACAUCGUACGGAUACGGAUACGGAUAUGGAUAUGGAUAUGGAUGUGUUAUCGCGAAAUGUAGUAAUAACCGAACUGAAUCCUGUCGUAAGGGAAAUGGACUAGCUGAGCGGGCGUUCUGAGCCGAUGUAAUGAGAUAGAUAGGUAUCUGCUAGCUUCAUUCUUUUCGUCCCGG